AUGGUGACGUUUAAGAAAACACCUCCGGAUUAUGUGUUUGUCAUUGCAUUGACAGCGGUUGCUGCAGCGGUCCGGGUCCAUAAGAUCUCAUGGAAUAACCACGUUGUGUGGGACGAGGCGCAUUUUGGCAAGUUUGCGUCGCAUUAUCUGAGGCACGAUUUCUACUUUGAUGUUCAUCCGCCGCUCGGAAAACUUCUGUGUGGUCUCAGCGGAUAUUUGGCGGGUUAUAAUGGGUCUUUUGAGUUCAACUCGGGGGAUGCGUAUCCGGAGGGUAUGCUCUAUGGCAGGAUGAGACUAUUCAACUGUCUUUUCAGCAUAAUGACGGUGCCUUUGGCGUUCAUCACCAGUAGACUAUUGAAUUUUUCUUUAGCCACGUGUUUGUUCAUUGCAGUGACCGUCUGUUUCGAGAACAUGAGCGUUGUACUUGGAAAGUUUAUUCUGCUGGACUCCAUGCUGAUGUUCUUUACUGCCACGACCUUCAUGUGUCUGGCCAAAGUCAGUUCACUCCAGAGAAAGGGCAAAGAAUUGAGUAUUUCGUGGUUUUCAUGGAUGCUUUUUAGCGGAGUUUCGAUCGGGUGUGUUUGCUCUGUGAAAUGGGUUGGUCUCUUCAUCACGGUGGUCUUUGGUCUGUAUGUGAUUUUGGAUCUUUGGCUGAAAUACUGGAACUCGACCUCUAAAGCUCGUCUUCUGUUUCAUUGGAUGGUGCGGGUGGUGACCCUCAUUAUUGUUCCUGCAAUUGUCUAUAUCUUGAUUUUCCAAAUCCACUUCAAGACACUUUACAAGUUUGGCAAGGGCUCGUCGUCGAUGACUUCGUUAUUCCAGGCCAAUCAGGAAGACACAGAAAUAACAGUUACAGCACCCAGAAACGUGCUAUACGGAUCCAAAGUCACGAUUAGGUCACAGGGUCUUAGUCCGAACCUGUUACAUUCUCACGGCUCUGUGUAUCCAGAAGGUUCGGGCCAGCAUCAGGUCACUACCUACGGGUUUCGAGACUCCAAUAACGACUGGGUCAUAGAGCUCCCUAGGAGCAAAUAUCCGAUUUCGCAAGAUGGUAAGGUGAGACAUGGUGAUGUAAUAAGACUGAGCCAUCCAAUGACGAGAGCCAACCUACACUCGCACGAUAUCAGGGGCCAUGUAUCGUCUCAGUUCUGGGAAGUUUCAGGUUAUGGCGAUGAAAACAUUGGAGAUGAAAAAGACGACUGGGUCGUGGAGAUUGUUGAACAGUUACACAGUUCCAAUGAGACCUAUGCCGAUUUGCAAGAAUCUUACUCAGAGUUCAAGGACUUGGUCCAUCCUCUUUCUACCUCCUUCAGGCUAAGACACAAAGUUCUGGGCUGCUACCUCGCCACUACUGGAAUGUCUUAUCCGUCAUGGGGUUUCAAGCAGGGCGAAGUGAUCUGCAAACCUUCGUGGUUUGUCAAGGAAAAGGGGACCUGGUGGAACGUAGAAGAUCACAUCAACGAGGCAACCGUGGCAGACCAAGACUACACUCCUCCGAAGUCACAUUUUUGGAGGGACUUUGUGCUUCUGAACUACGCCAUGAUGGCAUCAAAUAAUGCUUUGGUUCCAGAUCCUGAUAAGCAGGAUGAUUUAGCUUCUUCGUGGUGGCAAUGGCCAACCGAUAUCGUUGGUCUCAGAAUGGGUGGUUGGGGCCGCAGCCAAGUGCGCUAUUUCAUGAUGGGAAAUCCAAUAGUCGUUUGGCUAUCAUCUGCAAGUAUUCUAGUCAGUGUAUUCAUUAUUUUGAAGUUAGCACUACAAUGGCAGAGACAGAUCUUGAUUCUGAAUUCUCAUGAUCUAUGGGUUUUCACCAUGGGCGGGGUAUUCCCGCUUCUUGCGUGGGUAUUGCAUUUCUUGCCCUUUGUGCUCAUGUCCCGAGUGACUUAUGUCCAUCACUAUUUUCCAGCAUUGUAUUUUGCGAUUUUCCAAAUGGGGUUUUUGGUUGAGUAUUUCACCAUCACUAUGAAUAGAAACUGGAGAUUGGUGAUUUUCGUGGUGCUACAAUCGAUCGUAAUUGGAGCCUUUGUGUUUUUCUGGCCUAUGAGCGAUGGUAUGACGGGACCAUUGGAGAAUUAUAGUUACAUGAACUGGUUGAAAACUUGGAGAAUUAUAUAG